AUGACUUUGCCAAAGGGGAAGAAAACAAUGGGCUAUAAGUGGGUGUUCACGGUGAAGUACAAGGCAGAUGGCACAGUAGAACGGUACAAAGCCCGCACUCUAGGGUGGUACCUAUCAAUUUGGUAUCAGAGCAGUACAACCAUGACGUUGACAGAUCGCGUGGGUGAACUGGAACAAAGGGUGGAGAACCAUUAUCAGGAACUUCAGGCAGGAUUGGGUUCACUACAAUCAGAAUUCAGAUUAAUGCAUGCGGGGAUGACAGAAAGGUUCGAAAUACUCAUGCGGAAAUGGGAUACUCAGGAGAAGGAACGAAAGGAGAAGGGAAUAACCAGUGAGAAGUCACCAACAUUGUCUGCCGAGUCUGGGUUAACACAGUCGCGACCCAGCAGUAACCAAUGCGUUGGGGGAAGUGCUGGUAGUGAAUGGAGAGGGGAGCCACGCAUACGGCGAUUGGAGAUGCCAGUAUUUGAAGGGAACGAUCCAGACGGAUGGGUGUUCAGGGUGGAAAGAUACUUCAGUGUCAAUCGACUCUCUGAGGAAGAGAAGCUGGAAGCCGCGGCGGUGUGUUUCGACGGCGAGGCAUUAGCCUGGUUCCAGUGGGAAGAGCGGCGGAGACCGGUGAAAGCGUGGGAAGAUCUGAAGGCACACUUGCUCAGGCGAUUCCGACCCUCACAGGAGGGAUCCUUAUGUGCCCAGUUCUUGUCUCUCCAGCAAACUACGACGGUAAGGGAGUACCGCCGGCGAUUUGAAACUCUAGCCUCGCCAUUAUUGGGAAUCUCAGAGGAGGUGAUGGAGUGCAGCUUUCUUAAUGGACUCAGGGCGGAAAUCAGGGCCGAAGUUCAAUUACUGAGACCUUUGGGCCUAGAGCAGAUUAUGGAGGUGGCCCAAAUGGUUGAGGACCGGAACCUAAUUACCCACCAAGGCCCCGGUCCAACGAAGCCCAAAAGUAUUCCAUAUCAGAGCCCCAACCCGCCCCAAGGCACACUCAAGCAAAAUAAAAACAGGAUCCCAGUAAAUAUACUUCCACAGCGCCCUAAUUUUGUCCCCAAAAAUCCAGCAGCCUUCAAACGCCUUUCAGAUUCAGAGAUGCAAAUUAAGAGGGAGAAGGGUUUGUGUUUUAAGUGUGAUGAACGGUUCACGGUCGGGCACCGGCGCAGGAAUAAAGAGUUACAAGUCCUCCUGACUCACGAGUUUGAAGGGAGCGAUGAACGAAAGGAAACUGGGCAGAACGGCGAACUCGACGCCGGCGAUGUCGAGGCCGAUGGGGACUUGGCUUUCGCCGACACUGACGCCAUGGGCUCGGGACAGCCAGUGGAGUUGUCAAUAAAUUCGGUGGUGGGCCUCACAGCGCCGGGCACCAUGAAAUUGCGGGGAAGGCUUGGACAGCGGGAGGUGGUAGUACUGGUGGACAGUGGGGCAUCGCACAAUUUUAUUUCAGCUGACAUGGUUCAACAGCUGGGGUUGCCACUGUCGUGCACGGCAGGAUACGGAGUGAUCAUGGGAACCGGCAUGACAGUAAAAGGGGAAGGCAUUUGUCGAAGGGUGUCCUUGAAACUACCAGGGCUAGUGAUAGAGGAAGAUUUCUUACCCCUGGAGUUGGGCAGCUCUGAUAUUAUUCUGGGGAUGCAGUGGCUCCAGAAGUUGGGAAGGACGCAGGUGGAUUGGAAGAGUCUAACCAUGUCUUUCGACGUGGCUGGGACGAAAAUAACAUUGCAGGGGGACCCCAGCCUCAGCAGGACUCCCGUGUCAUUGAAAACGAUGUGGAAAGCCUUUAAGGAACAGGGAGAAGGACUUUUGCUGGAAUUGGGAACCAUUACCAUCGACUCAAAAUUUACUCAGCCGCAACCAGCAGCAAUUAUUACCGAAAUGUUGGAGGAAUUUCAACUAGUCUUCAAGGAUGUCACCCAGCUGCCUCCUAAGAGAUCUCAAGAUCAUGCAAUCAUCUUGAAACCCGGUGCUGCGCCGGUGAAUGUGAGGCCUUAUCGGUACCCGCAUUUCCAGAAGAAUGAAAUCGAACAGCUGGUGCGGGAAAUGUUGGCAGCAGGAAUUAUACAGCGAAGCACAAGUCCGUUUUCAAGUCUUGUGCUUUUGGUCAGGAAGAAAGAUGGAAGUUGGAGAUUUUGCGUGGAUUACCGAGCAUUAAACAAAGCUACUGUCCCCGACAAAUUUCCCAUCCCGGUUAUUGAUGAGCUGCUGGAUGAGUUGAAUGGGGCGACGGUGUUCUCAAAGAUUGACCUUAAGUCCGGAUACCAUCAAAUCCGAGUAAAAGCAGAGGACAUUCCGAAAACUGCUUUUCGGACCCAUGAAGGCCAUUACGAAUUUCUCGUCAUGCCUUUUGGUUUGAUGAAUGCACCAGCCACUUUUCAAUCCUUGAUGAAUUCCAUCUUCAGAGAGCUGCUCAGGAAAUGUGUGUUGGUCUUCUUCGAUGACAUCCUAGUCUAUAGCCGAACCGAGGUGGAGCACAGGAGUCACCUACGUAUGGUUCUACAGAUCCUAGUGGAAAAUCAGCUUUAUGCGAACAAAAAGAAGUGUUUAUUUGGGCAGAAGGAGAUAGAGUAUCUGGGGCAUAUUAUUUCAGGGAAAGGAGUAGUGGCGGAUGAGUCUAAAGUAGCGGCAAUGAAAGAAUGGCCGCGGCCAAAAAACUUGAAGGAAUUAAGAGGCUUCCUAGGGUUGACAGGGUACUACUGACGCUUUGUCGAAUCCUAUGGUAAGAUAGCAUGG